CGCGCGUACCCCUGUACCAUGGACGGAUGCGGGCGGCGCUUUGCCCGUCGCUACAACCUGCUUGAACAUGUGCGAAGCGUUCACAGUGCUAAGCUCACCGAACGCGGCGCGUUCGUACGCGCACAUCGUCCGCACCAAUGUACUGUGGACCAUUGUAGCCACAGUUAUGCUCGUCAGCGUGACCUGCAAGCCCACAUGCGU